UUUUUUUUUUUCGUAAUAAUAAUAAUAAAAGUUGGUCAUCAUGGUUUGGAGGUUGCAAUCGGACAGGAAUCAACUGCAGAUUUUGCUCCUAAGACUACUCUGCCUUCUUCCUACAGGGCUGCAUGUACGCAGUGUGGAUUUAAACCGGAGUACCGACAACAUCACCGUUCGGCAAGGGGAUACAGCAGUCCUCAGAUGUAACAUAGAAGACAGGAGCUCUAAGGUGGCAUGGUUGAACCGCUCAGGCAUCAUUUUCGCUGGACAGGACAAAUGGUCCCUGGACCCCCGGGUGGAGCUGGACAAGAGAAGCGUGCUCGAGUACAGCCUGCGCAUCCAGAAAGUGGACGUCUUUGACGAAGGACUCUACACCUGCACUGUGCAGACCCAACACCACACCAAGACCACGCAAGUCUAUCUGAUCGUCCAAGUUCCACCAAAGAUCUCCAACAUCUCCGCAGACAUCACUGUGAACGAAGGCAGCAACGUGACUCUGGUGUGCAUUGCCAAUGGCCGCCCCGACCCCAUCAUCACCUGGAGGCACCUCAACCCAACAGCCAGGGAGUUUGAAGGUGAGGAGGAAUAUCUGGACAUCCAGGGCAUCACCAGGGAACAGUCUGGAAAAUACGAGUGCAAAGCCGCCAACGAAGUCGCCUCAGCUGACGUGAAGCAAGUCCGAGUCACUGUGAACUACCCUCCCAUCAUAACCGAAUCCAAGAGCAUUGAGGCCUUUGCCGGCAAGCAAGCUUACCUACGCUGCGAGGCCUCCGCGGAGCCCAAACCCGACUUUGAGUGGUACAAGGAUGAUACAAGAAUUUUCAGGUUAAGCAGCGCCCAGGGUCUGGAAAUUAAGAACAUGGGCAACCGGUCCACCUUGAUGGUAGCAAAUGUCACUGAAGAGCAUUAUGGAAACUAUACCUGCGUGGCCGCCAACAAGCUGGGAGUCACCAACACCAGCCUAUAUCUCUAUAAGCGCGUCAUACCCACAAAACCUAUCCCCGCCAAAGAGAGAGGCAGCAACGCUCAUUUCAAACAGAAAGGACCCGGGACAGCGAUAGUGGACAAUGGAUCCUCCAACUUGGCUGCUUCCCUUUGGCUUAUGGUGACUGCCCUCGUCUGCCUAAUCUGCAAAUGUUAAUAUAAUACCUAUAUAAGAGAAUAAAGAAAAAAAAUUUACGAAAAUACCGAAAAAAAAAAGUAACUUUGGAGAGGAGGAGGAGGAGAGAGAGGGAGAGAUGGGACUGUUUCCUUCACAAAAUGUGUUUGCGAAGCAAUGGAAAAUAUAUACCUUAAGGAAGAAAAAAUAAAUAAAAACAAAAAACAAAACAAGAAGACCAGAAAAUUUCUAAUUCAACAAGAAGCCUAAAUGACAUGACAAAAAUGAAGGGACUGAAUUCUGUGUAAAGAACCGCAUAAUGCUGAGAACAUUGAAAUGUUGUAAAAAAUGUUUUUAAUUUUCUUGUCUUUUUUUCUUCUUUUGUUGGUUUGAAAUUCUCUUCAUGUAAUUGUCUCUUUCUGGUGUUCCAGCCUCUCUCUCGCUCGUUCCCGAAUGAUUCUUUAAUGAUUAUGAUUAACCCUGGUUUUCUGGUGUCCCUCAACCUGUUUUUUUUCGGCAGCAGGCCUCGUCAAGACCGUCCUGCCAAAAACAGGGUUGACUGACUACUCGACCAUAUGUUAGGGUGAAGGACACCUUAGGAGGACACCUCUUACUUAUACGACCUCACUACCUAUAGGGUUCAUUUGGUAGUCAUCACAUUGGGUUUACAAGUUUGUGUUUUGUAAACAUGUCUUCACCUAUUGAUAAGUCCAUCACAUGGAACCAUUGUAACAAUAGGAAAUAUAUAUUAGUUUUCUAAGUUAAAUUACCGAGAGGUCUAUCUCUAGCCUGUGAUGAAUUUUGGUGUCCUCCAAAGUGGCAUCUGCAUUAGCUACAGGUUGAGUCAGAGUAGUAGCUCUUUAAACCCUUUGCCUCCACGUACAUUGAAGGCACAAUGUCCUAAGAUACUUCUUGAGAAGCCUAUGGUGUCAGGUUAGCGUCAACCCUUUGCCUCUGCAUACAACUUUGCAGGCACAAUGUCCUAAGAUACUUCUUGAGAAGUCUACGAUGUCAGGUUGGCAUCAACCCUUUGCCUCCACAUACAACUUUGCAGGCACUAUGUCCUAAGAUACUUCUUAAAAAGUCUAUGAUAUCAUGUUGGCAUCAACCCUCUGCCCCCACGUUCAUCAGUAAAGGAGCAAUAUCCUUAGAUACUUCUUGAGAAGCCUAUGAUAUCAGGUUGGCGCCAACCCUCUGCCUCCAUGUACAACAUUCAAGGCACAAUGUCCUAUGAUACUUCUUAAGACGCCUAUAGUGUCAGGUUGGGUUGAUGCCCAACCUUCCUGUCCAAACCCUGCUCUCUCCUUUAGAGGCAGAUGGGACCUGGCAUCUACCCUCUGCCCCCACGUUCAACAGUGAAGGCGCAAUAUCCUUAGAUACUUCUUGAGAAGCCUACGAGAUCAGGUUGGCGCCAAACCCUCUGCCUCAACGUACAACAUUUAAGGCACAGUGUCCUAUGAGACUUCUUAAGAAGCCUAUGGUGUCAGGUUGGGUUGAUGCCCAACCUUCCUGUCCAAACCCUGCUCUCUCCUUUAGAGGAAGAUGGGACCUGGCAUCAACCAUCUGCCCCGACGUUCAACAGUGAAGGCGCAAUAUCCUUAGAUACUUCUUGAGAAGCCUACGAGAUCAGGUUGGCGCCAAACCUUCUGCCUCAACGUACAACAUUCAAGGCACAAUUUCCUAUUAGACUUCUUAGGAAACCUAUGGCGUCAGGUUGGGUUGAUGCCCAACCUUCCUGUCCAAACCCUGCUCUCCCCUUUAGAGGCAGAUGGGACCUUCUCGAAGUAUAAACAGCGUACACCAGCUCAACUAGAAUAUACAAAGAACAAAACGGAAGGGGCAAAGGGGUUAAAUUUCCUCCUGGGCUCAAAUCUUACAGGGACUGCUUUAUUUGCCUGCUUUUCGUGUGUGUGCGUGAGUGUGUGCCAAGCUUGCUGUAGGGACUAACACAUAUCAAAAAACAAACAGGGUUUUAUUCAUAGAGAACCAGUUGCCGCAACGUUAAAUCCUUUUUGCAUGACUGAGCAAGGAGUUCUAGGUUCUAAGGGAGCAUCAAAUAGCCAUAGGGUAUAAGUUAUAUAAUAAUUGCUCUCUGUCCCAUUGGAGUGCUUGGUCAAUGAGUUCAUAAGUAUAGAACCUCGGUGUUCAGUAAUAGCUUUUCAAUCAGUAUUUUAACCCAUGUGACUUAAAAAUCCUAUUUCAAAGGGAAAAAAAAUAAAUAAAAAAUAGCAGAGUAAUUGGUGGAUUUUUAUUAUGGCAGACUUCUGGUGUUCACACGUUAUGGGGUACAAGCAUUAUUUUUUUUUAUUUUUCAGGGUCUUGCUUUAAACAGUAAAAGAUUUUUAUUGUAUCUCUACUUAUGUAACAUAACUGUUAUCAUACAUACAAGUAAAAUCGGAUUUGGUAAUUGUUUAGUUUGAGAUGUGGGAAUGAAAUGAUCAAAAACAAACAAUUCUACUUUAUACAUAUGUAAUCUUACACUGGUUUUAACGGUUGCUUAUAGUCGGAUUAAAAAAAAAAAAAACACAAAAAAACUUGUAUGUGGUCUAUAAGGGAAUGUUUGUUGUUUCUCUCUGUAUUUCAGCUUGUCUGUUUAUGGAGAAUAUUUCACCCAAAAAUGCUGAAAAACAAAUAACACAAAAAAAAAAAAAUUACCUUCAAACAUGGUGAUGCGUUUUGCCCCGUAUGCUAAAGGCAAGAAGUGGGCAGAUUAUUUGUCCAUUCACGUAUGUGGGCGCAUCAGGCUUUCAUGAGGCUUACGCUAAUUUCAAAAUGUAUAGCACGUGUUGCAGAAAUAUAUUUUUGGCACAUGCCUAUGUAUAGGAUGACCCUAAUAUUUGUAGCAAACUAAAUUCCAAACCUACCUCAAAUUAUCAGAGGUAACUUUUCUUGGGUGCUUGAUAUUUUUGAUUUUUUUUUCCACCAGAUACUCAGAUUUUAACAGUGUAGAUAAAUAUUUUCAUGAUGAAAAUGCAUGUUCCAAUGUUUUAUUUUCCGAUUUGUUUAUUUUUGUUUUUUUGUUUUUUUUCACUGGGGUCAAUAGGUGAAUAUUUUCGUAGACCAGAAUUCAAAAAAGUUGAAAUUAAAGCUCAAUUUGCCUCCAAGUCUUGAAAAUUACAUUUUGGAGGUCAUUGUUGGUUCAAAAGUUGUCAAAGAGAAACCUUCAUUGGUAGGGUUCUUUUUUUUUUUUUUUUUUUUUCACGGGUCAAAAGGUGAAUUUUUUCAUAGACCAGAAUUAAAAAAAGUUGAACCUAAAGCUCAACUUGCUUCCAAGUCAUGAAAAUCACAUUUUGGAGGUCAGCGUUGGCUAAAAAGUUGUCAAAGAGAAAGCUCCAUUGGUUAGGGUUCUUGUUUUUUUUUUUUGCACGGGUCAAAAGAUGGAGCUUUUUGUAGGCCAGAAUUCUAAAAAGUUGUAACUAAAGCUUGAUCUGCAGUCAAAAUAAAGUGCAUUUUGGAGGUCAGUUUUGGUUAAGAAGUUGACGAAAGCAAACCUCCAUUUGUAGUAUUUUUUUGGCAUGGGUCAACAGAUGGAGCUUUUUCCUCCAUUGGUACAAAAGAUAGAGCUUCUUGUAGAUCAGAAUUCAAAAAGUUGUAACUAAAGCUUGAUAUGUCUCCAAAUAAAAAUAAAGUACAUUUUGGAGGCCAGUUUUGGUUAAGAAGUUGACCUCCGUGGGUAGUAAUUUUUUUGGCAUGGGUCAAAAGAUGUAGCUUUUUAUAGACCAAAAGUCUGUUGAAAGUAAAGCUUGAUCUGCCUCUACAUCAAGAAAAUGAAAUUUUGGAGGUCAGUUUUGGUUUAGAAGUUGACGAAAACAAACCUCCAUUUGUAGUAGUUUUUUGGCAUGGGUCAACAGAUGGAGCUUUUUCCUCCAUUGGUUCAAAAGAUGGAGCUUCUUGUAGAUCAGAAUUCAAAAGGUUGGUAACUAAAGCUUGAUCUGCCUCCAAGUAAAAAUAAAGUACAUGUUGGAGGUCAGUUUUGGUUAAGAAGUUGAUGAAUGCAGACCUCCAUUGGUAGUAUUUUUUGGCAUGGGUCAAAAGAUGUAGCUUUUUGUAGACCAAAAUUCAGUUGAAAGUAAAGCUUGAUCUGCCUCUAAGUCAAGAAAAUUACAUUUUGGAGGUCAGCGUUGGUUAACAAGUUGCUAAACACAAACCUCCAUUGGUAACUGUUUUUGGCAUGGGUCAAAAGCUAGAGCUUUUUCGUCCAUUGGUAGUUUGUUUUUGGCAUGGGUCAAAACAUUGAUCUCUUUGAAGAUGAAGAAAAUUUAAAUCUGCCUCCAAAUCAAGAAAAUUACUUGUUGGUUAAGAAGUUGCCGACUCCAAACCUCCAUUGUUAGUUAUUUUUUGACAUGGUUCAAAAAAUGUAGCUUUUUGUAGACCCAAAUAAAAAAAAAACUGUAACUAAAGCUUGAUUUGCCUCCAAGUCAAGAAAAAUAAAUUAUAGAGGUCAGUGUUGGUUAAGAAGUUGCUGACUGCAAACCCCCAUUGGCAGUUAUUUUUUUGCAUAGGUCAAAAAUAGGUCAAAAAUUUUACUUUUUGAACACCAGAAUUAAAUAAAAAGCUGUAACUAAAGCCUGAUUUGCCUCCAAUCCAAGAAAAUUUAAUUUAAUUAUGGAGGUCAGUGUUGGCUAUGAAGUUACCAACUACAAACCUCCAUUGGUAAUUUUUUUUGGCAUGGGUCAAAAAUGUUAACUUUGUGUAGACCAGAAUUAUAAAAAAGCUGUGACUAAAGUCAAGAAAACGAAAUUAUGGAGGUCAGUGUUCUUUAAGAAGCUGCCGACUGCAAACCUCCAUUGGUAGUUAUUUUUUGGCAUGGGUCGAAAAAUGUAGCUUUUUGUAGACCAGAAUAAACUAAAAAAAAGCUGUAACUAAAGCUCAAUUUGCCUCCAAGUCAAGAAAAUGAAAUUAUGGAGGUCCGUGUUGGUUACAAAGUUACUGACUGCAAACCUCCAUUGAUAGUUAUUUUUUGGCAUGGGCCGAAAAAUUUUGCUUUUUGUAGACCAGAGUUGUGACUAAAGCUUGAUUUGCCUCCAAGUCAAGAAAAUUACUAUUUUUAGAUCAGUGUUGGUUAAAAAGUCGUCGAUGUGCUGGAUCUUGAGCUCUUCGAGGUGUAGGCACCAAAUUCUAAAAUUCAGACAUAAAAAUGUAAAGAAAUUGGCCUACAGAGCCAAUGUAUCUGCUUUGGCCAGCCUUGACGAUAGGUGUAGUAGAAAUAAUUACAAACUUUGAAGGUUCAAGGGCCCUUCAUCUUGUAAAUAGUUUACCGGAAAGGUCCUACAAUUAUUUUUUUUAUAAUUUCCAGUAUUGUUAGCUCUUUAUUUCUUUGGUUCCUUUCAUGGAACAAUAAAACAUACAGAAUCCUUCCACUAGUCCAGUCAUAAGUCGUUGCAUUCCCACACUCAACCUUGAUAUAAAAAAAGUCAGCAUCACAGAGUUAGGUAAACAAUAACUCAUGCAUCCUAAGUGUGUUUUAUUUACCACGCAUGGAAGUUAACAUAUAUUUGAAUGUAGAGGGUGCUUUUAAGUGUGAUUUUGAAAAAAUUGCUGCGCUGUAGAACUGUCUCGAAAUAAAAAAAAUGUCAUUGGUUCUGUGAAACUGAAAAGACCUCUGGGGGAAGAAUUUCUGUGCUCUGUACUAUGGAUGCAGUGCCUUCAAAGUAACAUUAUUCUGAAAUAUGAGUUCAGUUAUAAUUCAUCGUGGUACCCCCCCCCCCCCCCCCCAGGUCAGAAGGUAUUUUUGUUGAAAAAAUAAAUAAAAAUAAAAUUGUAGCAAAUUUUGUACUAGAGAUUGGCCAACAGGGGCUCUAAUUGCUUGUAUGUCAUCACACCAUUGUUGAAAGCUCUAAUACUGAAAUUAAGAGGACAUAAUACCUGUAUGAUAACAUUUUAUUAUUUGUAAAAAAAAACAACAACAACAACAACGUAUACAAGCAUUGAUUGGGACAGUUCUGCUGUUCUGUUUUGUACAUUAUCCGCAAAAUGUUGCUGUAUUGUUUGCAUCUGAAAGUCGCCCAUUAAAACGUUGAGAGGUUUGGGGUGUGUUAUUGAAUAAUCCCGACAGUGUAUUCUGAAAAUUCUUUAUAUAUAAUAUGAUACCUGAGUAAUACUUAUUCUGCGAUAAUCUCCAGUAAAUUGUAUUGUUUUAAUCU